UCCAUUAGUUGAUAAGGUUAAUGCGUUUACGAUCAACAAUCAAUUCAGAGAAUAUGCUCUGACCAUAAGAUUCACGGUUUGUUGUUAUUUUGCAAGAACCUCUUUUGAGCGGUGUUGGGGAUUGGGGGCAGAAGAAGCACACCCACACACGCACAUUAACAAAACGGGUUUGAAAAUUCCUUUUCCAAAUUCUCAUUCUCGAAUCGAACUCGAGAAAGAGGUUCAGAAGGGAGAAAUUGCACUAUAACCUACAGAUCAGGUGGAAGAAGGAAGUCGAGGAAUCACUAUUUGUAUAUAACAUAAUAGGUUGGUAGGCAGCGGGCAUCAAAGGCGGAGCGAUACGAUACAAGCUUAUAAGUAGCUGACGGAUCGCGCGCGGUGUACUUAUCCUCGUACUCUCUCUCUCACACGAAAACAGUGUGUGCUAGUGCUAGGUAUAUUAUACCUGCUGGCCAGGACUCCGCCACUCCGCUAGGAAAGGAGAGCGAGAGAAAGAGAGUGUAGUGUAGAGGGUGUGAAGCGGCGCCAGGCGGAGGAGAGCCAGUAGCAAAAUGGCAGCUAGCGACUCGACCACCGACGAUAGCCUCUACCCCAUAGCUGUGCUCAUCGACGAGCUCAAGAACGAAGAUGUCCAGUUGCGGUUAAAUUCUAUUAAGAAACUAUCCACCAUUGCUUUGGCUCUUGGUGUUGAAAGAACUCGUUUGGAACUCAUACCUUUCCUGACAGAGACAAUUUACGAUGAAGAUGAGGUUCUCUUGGCUCUUGCAGAACAGCUGGGAACUUUCACACCACUUGUUGGUGGACCAGAACACGUUCACUGUUUAUUACCCCCCUUAGAAUCAUUGGCCACCGUGGAAGAAACUGUUGUUAGAGAUAAAGCUGUAGAAUCGCUUAGAAAUAUCGCUGGCCAGCACAGCCCAGCCGAUUUGGAAGAGCAUUUUGUACCAUUAGUGCAACGCUUGGCAUCUGGUGACUGGUUCACCUCGAGGACAUCUGCCUGUGGACUGUUUAGUGUUUGUUAUCCUCGUGUUAGUCAACACAUCAAAGGUGACCUGAGAAAUCACUUCCGUAAUUUGUGUCAAGAUGACACACCUAUGGUACGUCGUUCAGCAGCUGCCAAAUUAGGAGAAUUCGCUAAAGUCGUGGAAAAUGAAUACUUAAAGUCAGACUUGAUUGCCAUGUUUGUAAUAUUGGCUCAGGAUGAACAGGACUCAGUGCGUUUGUUAGCUGUGGAAGCUUGUGUUAGCAUUGCCACGCUGCUACAGCAAGAGGAUGUUGAACAGUUGGUAAUGCCGACUCUACGCCAGUGCGCGAACGACCAGUCGUGGCGCGUGCGCUACAUGGUCGCCGACAAGUUCACCGACCUCCAAAAAGCCGUUGGCCCCGAUAUAACGCGCUCUGACCUCGUCCAGGCAUUCCAGCUGCUGCUCAAGGAUACCGAAGCCGAGGUGCGCGCUGCUGCUGCCGACAAGGUGCGCGACUUUUGCCAAAAUCUCGAUCCCUUCUAUCAAGAAUCCAUCAUCAUGUCCAACAUAUUGCCCUACGUCAAGGAUCUCGUUGCCGAUCCCAACCAACACGUCAAAUCGGCUUUGGCUAGCGUUAUCAUGGGCUUAAGUCCCAUUCUAGGCAAAAUGAACACAAUCGAGCACUUGUUACCAUUGUUUUUAUCUCAACUCAAAGACGAAUGUCCUGAGGUGCGUUUAAACAUAAUUAGUAACUUGGACUGCGUGAAUGAAGUUAUUGGUAUUCAGCAACUUUCGCAAUCCCUCUUACCAGCCAUAGUCGAGCUUGCAGAAGAUACCAAAUGGCGAGUGCGACUCGCUAUUAUUGAAUAUAUGCCUUUAUUAGCAGGCCAACUAGGAGUAGAAUUCUUUGAUGAAAAAUUAAACUCUUUGUGCAUGACUUGGUUGGUUGAUCACGUAUUUGCCAUCAGAGAAGCAGCAACAUUGAAUCUUAAGAAGCUGGUUGAAAAAUUCGGCCCUGAAUGGGCACAAAACACCGUGAUUCCCAAAGUUUUAGCUAUGUCCCGAGAUCAAAAUUAUCUUCACAGAAUGACAUGCUUAUUCUGUAUUAACGUUUUGGCUGAAGUAUGUGGCCCUGACAUAACGACUGAUGUCAUGCUGCCAACGGUCAUAGCCAUGGCUAACGAUAACGUAGCAAAUGUCAGAUUUAACGUCGCGAAAACUCUUCAACGUAUUGGACCGUACCUAAAGCCGAAUGCAGUACAAAGCCAGGUUAAACCAGUUCUUGAUAAAUUAAAUGCUGACGCCGAUGCCGAUGUAAAAUAUUUCGCAUCAGAAGCUAUCGCUGGAAUUGCUGCUUAAAUUGAAAAAUGAAAUCACUGAGUGCAUUUAUCACGUACCCAAUUUUGAGAGAAUUGACACUUUUUAAAACAAUUGGAGUAAUAAACAAUUCAAACUAAAGAACUUCAGUUUUUAGAAUAAUAUACCAUCACACUGUUUCCACUUGAAUAAAACCAUUUCCCAAAGGAAACACGUCAAAUACAAUAUGUCGUGUAGAGAAACCGAGUACGAACAAUCGAAAUUGAUGUAGAAGCUGUAGAGUAUGAACACUGCACGACUCUUUAGUUUUGUCGUAUUUGUAUGUCUAUAAUCAUCAAAUUAUUCGAUAUCUGAUUAAAACUCGUAACUUGUAUCUCAUACAUACUUAAGUAAUUAUCUGAACGAGUAAUAAAAUAAAAUGUAACUUUAAGAUUUUAGUUACUUUAGAAAAAAAUCAUGUGAGAUGUAUGACAGCAUUCUUCAAAACGAAAGUCAAAAAAAAUUUGUGUAAAAAAAAAUUAAAAAUUUUAUUGGGAAAAAUAUUUUAAGCACGUAGUUAUUUGUUUCUAUGACUUUAAACAAAAAAUUUUAUUUUUUAAAAUCAAAUACUAAAAUAUCUAAUGGUAAUUCUGUUCUUGGUGCAUGUAUGCUUAUCAAUGUGGAUUAACAUGAAAUUUUAUACAAAACCAUAUAGAGUAGAAAAUGAUUAAAAUAAAGUACCAUCAUUUUCUAUACAAAAAAUUUUUUUGUCUUAGUUUUUGUAAAUUUAUAAACAAUCAACAUAUUCUUUGUUUUUACUAAGAAUAUUUCUACGUUUUAGACAGCAAAAAAAUCAAUUAUCUUUAGUGAUCUCUGUAGAAUGACGAUAAAUAAAUUUUUAUCGAUGUAGUAAACCCAAAAAUUCAUAAACUACAAUUUGUGUUAGCAAUUUGUUGAAAUAUUAAUCUAGAGAUCGUUAUUAUACCCAACAAUAGUAAAUGAUUUUGGUGAAGUCACUUGAAUAAUUUAUUUUUUUUUUAUUAGUUUUAUUUUUAAGAACUGUAAUAUGUACAAUAUUCUGUAUUCUUUUAAAAUAAUUUUGAGUAUGUGAAAUACAAUAGAGAUAAGAAAAA